AUGCUGGGGUGGGAAUGGUGCUGCCAGCUCAAGGAUGCCCACCGGCCCCCCAAGCUCUGGCAUGGCCAUGACCUGGUGGCCGUGGUGGCCUCGCUGCCGGGCAUUGUCCCCUCCGCAUGGGGCCGCCGUAUCCCACCGUGGUACCCUCGGUCUGUGAAAUUCCCGGUGACUGCACUUAGUAAGAGAAGCGAGGAGGCUGGGAAGGCUUUCCUGAGCGUUUGCAAGCGAUUGCUCCAAGCUCCAGACCCCGCUCCUGUGCUGGAGGCUGCCCGGAGCCUGGAGGAUCGGCUGCAGCAGCUGGAGCCCGAGCCGCCGCCGCCGCCGCUGAAGGAUCUCAGCCGGCCCUGGAAGAGGCAGCCGGAGCUCGCCAGCACCAAAGAGCGCAGGGAGGGGAAAUCGCCGGCAGCAGAGCCCCCGCUCCCCGGCACCGACGGCAAAGCGCCGGGCACAGAGAGCUCGCUGCUCAGAAAUGAGGCAGACAAGCAGAAGGGCCUGCAAGAAGCUCAGGUCACCUUGGCCGCUCGGCUGGGGGAGGCAGAGGAGAAGAUCAAAGUGCUCCACGCAGCGCUGAAGGCCACCCAGACGGAGCUGCUGGAGCUGCGCUGCAAGUACGACGAGGAGGCAGCGUCCAAGGCAGAUGAAGUCGCCAUGAUCAUGACCAACCUUGAAAAAGCCAACCAGCGGGCGGAGGUGGCGCAGAGGGAAGUGGAGAGUUUGCGGGAGCAGCUGGCAGCCGUCAACAGCUCCCUGCGCCUGGCCUGCUGCUCCCCGACAGGCAGCACGGGGGACAAAGUGAACUAUUCCAUGUGCUCAGGGUCGAGGUUGGAGGCAGCUCUGUCUGCCAAGGACCGGGAGAUCCUGCGGCUCCUGAAGGACAUCCAGCACCUCCAGAGCUCUCUGCAGGAGCUGGAGGAAUCCUCUGCCAACCAGAUCGCCGAGCUGGAGGGGCAGCUGGCCGCCAAGAACGAGGCCAUCGAGAAGCUGGAGGAGAAGCUGCAGGCGCAGGCAGACUACGAGGAGAUCAAAACAGAGCUGAGCAUCCUGAAGGCGAUGAAGGUGGCCUCUGCUGGCUGCAGCCUCCCCCAGAGCAUCUCCAAGGCGGAGGAGGCCCUGCUGCUGGGGAAGGAGGCUUUCUACCCCUCCCAGAAGUACCUGCUGGAGAAGCCCAGCCUGCUGGCCAGCACUGAGGAGGAUCACUCCGAAGACGAGUCGGGGAAGGAUUCACUGGGCAUGGAGCAGCCGUACCCAUCCCCCCACCAUGCCCCUGCUGACGACCCCGCCUCCCCCACUCCCCUCCCAGCAUUGCCUGGCCCCGGCCUGGCCCCCGAUGGUCCCCGGACAUUCUCUCUGUCCCCUUUCCCGGGGGGCGAGCGGCUUCCAGGGGACCCCAAGGCCCCCCAUCUCCCGCUGCCCAGCUACAAGAGCGAGAGCAGCAGCGGGGCACCUCCCUUCCCCUCCUCCUUCUUCGGGGCCAAAAGCAGCACCGUGCACCCCGUCCCUGUGCCAGCCACCCGUGCCACCAGCCCGCCCGGCGAGCCCUCCGAGGGCAGCGCCGGCAGCGCCGCCGAGGAGGAGCAGCUGGACACGGCCGAAAUCGCCUUCCAGGUGAAGGAGCAGCUGCUGAAGCACAACAUCGGGCAGAGGGUGUUCGGGCACUACGUGCUGGGGCUGUCGCAGGGCUCUGUCAGCGAGAUCCUGGCGCGGCCCAAGCCCUGGCACAAGCUGACGGUGAAGGGCAAGGAGCCGUUCAUCAAGAUGAAGCAGUUCCUCUCCGACGAGCAGAACGUGCUGGCCCUGAGGACUAUCCAGGUGCGCCAGAGAGGUAGCAUCACGCCGCGGAUCAGGACACCAGAGACCGGCUCCGACGAUGCCAUCAAAAGCAUCCUGGAGCAGGCAAAAAAGGAGAUUGAGUCCCAGAAGGGAGGGGAGCCCAAAACGCCGUCGGCAUCGCAGGCAGUGUCCAACGGGGCGGGCGGCAGCAGCUCGGAGGAUGCCAUCAAGAGCAUCCUGGAGCAGGCGCGGCGGGAGAUGCAGGCGCAGCAGCAGGCGCUGCUGGACAUGGAGUCGGGGGCCGGCGGGCGCGGGGGGGACGCGGCACCUGCCGAGCGCUCCACGCUGGCCACCGUCAGCCAGAACAUCGCCCCUGCCUACGUCAAGCAGGAGGAGGGCAGCGGGGCCAGCCCCGGCCCGCCGCCGCCGCCGCUGGCCGUGCUCUCCCCCGCCGCCUUCGUGCAGAGCAUCAUCCGCAAGGUGAAGUCGGAGAUCGGCGAUGCCGGCUCCUACUUCGACCAGCACUGGGCGUCCGAGCGGAGCCUGCUCAGCCGGCCCUACACCUCCGUGUCGCCGUCGCUGUCCUCCUCCUCCUCGAGCUACUCCAGCAUGGCCAAUGGCCGGGGCUGGCCGCGGGGCGAGCCCGGCGAGGGCGGCACCAACGAGGACGAGCUGCAGCCGGCGGAGGAGGAGCCGCAGCGGCUGUCGGAGAUGAAGGCGGAGGGAGCGGGCGCGGAACCCGCUGGUGGCCGUCUGUCCUACUACCCUACCUACGUGCCACGCACCCUGAAGCCGACGGUGCCGCCGCUGACCCCCGAGCAGUACGAGAUGUACAUGUACAGGGAGGUGGACACGCUGGACCUGACCCGGCAGGUCAAGGAGAAGCUGGCCAAGAACGGCAUCUGCCAGAGGAUUUUCGGAGAGAAGGUGCUGGGACUGUCCCAGGGCAGUGUGAGUGACAUGCUGUCGCGACCCAAACCGUGGAGCAAGCUGACACAGAAGGGUCGAGAGCCUUUCAUCCGCAUGCAGCUCUGGCUGACAGACCAGCUGGGCCAAGGGAUCAGCCAGCAGCCCACACCCUCCCAGGCCAGCCCAGUGGAACCCCAGCCGUCCCCCUCGCCGCCCCCCAGCCCUGCUGAGCACGAGAAUGGCUGCCAGGAGCCCCUCACCCUGGCCUUGGAGAGCAGCAAGGAGAACCAGCAGCCCGAGAGCCGCUCGACGCCUGCGCUGGGCGGGAAGUUGUAUCCCAACAGCCAGGGGCCCAUGGGCAUCCAGGAGAUCGUUGCCAUGUCCCCCGAGCUGGACACCUACUCCAUCACCAAGAAGGUCAAGGAGGUCUUGACGGACAACAAUUUAGGCCAGCGGCUGUUUGGGGAGAGCAUCCUGGGCCUGACGCAGGGCUCGGUGUCCGAUCUCCUCUCCAGGCCCAAGCCAUGGCACAAGCUGAGCCUGAAGGGGAGGGAGCCCUUCGUCCGGAUGCAGCUCUGGCUCAACGACCCCCACAACGUGGAGAAGCUGCGCGACAUGAAGAAGCUGGAGAAGAAGGCCUACCUGAAGCGCCGGUACGGGCUGAUGAGCGCCGGCUCGGACAGCGAGUCCCCCAGCGCCCGCUCCGAGUGCGCCAGCCCCGGCGCGCCGCCGCAGGAGCUCAGCCUGCUCCAGAUCAAGAAGCCACGGGUGGUGCUGGCGCCAGAGGAGAAGGAAGCCCUAAAGAAAGCCUACCAGCUGGAGCCAUACCCCUCCCAGCAGACCAUCGAGCUGCUCUCCUUCCAGCUCAACCUCAAGACCAACACGGUCAUCAAUUGGUUCCACAACUACAGGUCACGGAUGCGCCGAGAGAUGCUGGUGGAGGGGGCGCAGGACAAUGACACAGACCCUGAGCAGAGCGGCGGCGCAGCCCUCCCCGGGCGCCGGGCCCCUCCCAGCCCCGACUUGGACAGCGAGGAUCACAAACCCACGCUGGUGGGGGGCUCUCCCCCCUGCGUCGCCGUGCCCCUGAAGGUGAAGGAGGAGCAGGGGGAUGCUGGCGGCUGGAGCCGCCGGCAGGACUCGGGGGCGGCUUCCUCGCCCGGCCUCACUGGCUCAGCCUCACCGGGACCGUCCUCCGCCGGGCCGGUCUCGCCAGCGCUUCCACCGGCUCCCAGCCCCCGGCUCAGCACCAGCGUCCAGCGGCGCCACGAGAAGAUGGCCAACCUCAACAACAUCAUCCACCGCCUGGAGCGGGCUGCCAACCGUGAGGAGGCCCUCGAGUGGGAGUUCUGAGCCCCCCCUAUAUCUAUAUAUACACCCCCCGCAUAUAUAUAUAUAUAUUUUGAUAAAUGCAGUGUGCACCGAGAGGUGACAAGUGGUCGGCGCCAUGGAAGAGGAGCACCCGUGGAAAAGAGGGGAUCUCACCUCUAUGGAGCUGCCCCACCCCUCUGGCUUUGUUUUAAACGUGAAAAACUGGGAACAAUUUUAGAAAAGAAAAACAAAACAAAACAAAAAA